UUUAUUCGACUUGGCUCGUUUGUAGCUAGAUCUGGCAAUCGGGUCGGGUUGGGUAACUUCGGGUUGAGGUCUCUAGUUACGGGUCGAGUCAUUUUGAGUUGGCUGAUUUCGAGUCAAAUAUUGACCAAACCCAUUCGGUUUCUGGUCGGGUCACAUGUCAUUUCGAGUUAUGAGCGUUCUCAGAACAAUAUCAAGCAUGCUUCAUAUUUUCUUAAAGAACACAAAUUUUCACAUAUGCAUGACAAUAGUUUACCUAACAUAUGUCAAUUAACAUAUUCACAAAUCCUCCCAUGAUGAUGAAAUGAAAUACAAAUUGCGCAAAUCAUCAAAAAACAAUCACAAGAGUAAUAUACUACUACAAGAAAUACAUGAUAUUUGAUUAUCCUUAAACUCCAAACAUGUCAUUCAAAUCCUUGUGAAUUUUUUUAAACAUCUUACCAAUUUAUGAGUUAAUUUAUCAUUUUGCGAGCGAUAUAUAAAAUGGAACGGGUCGACCCGCUAACUUACCCAACCCGACUCAAAAAAACACGGGUUAUCGGGUUCGGGUCAAUUGGGUUCGGGUCAUAAAAAUUUCUAUUUUUUGAAAGGUUUCGGGUCGGGUUGUAAUUUUCUAACUCUAUCUGCAGCCCUACUCAACGUAGAGUUACUAAUGGGAUACACUCCCCUUCUAAUGGGCCAAUGAUUUUGAUUGGGUUUAAUUAAACCAGCCUAUACCACAUCAGUUUUACGUGGCCCAAUCACAAACCGUGUCACUGAUGCCGCACUUUUUAUAGUGACACCGUAGCAUUGGCCAAAUUAUAAUUACCGUAUGGUCUUUUAUGUAAUUUAUUGGGUUGCGAUAGCAAAGCCCAACCACGGCGAAGCGUUGCCUACUUGCCUACAUACCUAGUAACCAUUAAAAAAACUGAAAAAGGUAUAUGGGCCUCUCGUUUUGGUUUGGCCUUCAUCCUAUCUAGGGAUGGCAAUCAAACCCAUGGCCGCAGGUAUCCGACCGCCCCCGACCCAGUCAACGCGGGUAAUCCCCGCUUUGACCGGGUAUGGGUAAAACCCGCAAAAAGUUUGAUGGGUAUGGGGCGGGAAUGAUUUUAGCCUCCCCCGCCCCAUACCCAUACCCAUAUCCGCCCCACCAAGAGAAUUUCUUCACAUAUACAAAAAUAUGUAGAUCAAAUUGUAAUCUAUCAAUGAUGAUGAGGAUAACUCGAGGAAAUAAAUAGUAGAAAUGAAAUUGAGUGACCACCUUAAUCAAAACCUAAUUCAUUUCUCUCAAUUCUCCUUUCACUCUUUCACUUUCUCCCUUGUCAACAAGAUUAUGUUGGUUAAUUAUUUCUUAGUAGAUGUAUCACAGUUAGAACAUAAUAAUUUGAAAAAUAUUAUACUCUAUAUUACGUAUUAACGAAUGUUUUAGAAUCAUAUUCUUUGAAUCGUAUUAAGAAAAUGAUCGUGUUUUGUUGAAUUCGUGAUAUAAUAGGUACAUUUAGAGUUGUAGUUAAAACUUUUCAUGUAAAUUUUAGGAUAAUAAUGUUGAUUGUACGGGUACGGAUAUUACCCAUGGGUAUCCGAAACCCACGGGUAUGGGUAUGGAAAUGAGUUUGCCAAAUAUUUCCCCGCAUGGGUAUGAGGCAGGUAUGAGUUUGGAUAUUUGAACAUGGGAAUGAGAUGGUUUAGACAAACCCGCCCACCACCAUCCCUAAUCCUAUCGCAGAGGAGGAAAGGAAACCCUUCCUAUCCGAACACGGAACAGCCGCCUAGCCUUAUAAACCCAUCGGGCAUUCUCUGUUGCAAUUCCAAACUCUCCCCUACCACCGAAUCUUUCUCCGCCGCAGGCGUUGUUCUCUACGCCAUGGCGAUCGAGAACUGCAUCUCGGAUUUGGAUCAGAUCCGUCGGCGUUCUGGAAAACGACAACGAAUCAGUUCAGAGUUAGCAAACCUUCCUCCUCCCAUCAGCAAACUCACAGCCGAUCUUCUCCAAGAGAUUCUGAUACGCCUCCCCAACCCUAGAGUCGCCUGCCUGUGUAAACUGGUCUGCAAGCCGUGGUGCUCCCUGAUCUCCAGCCCUGGCUUCAACCGCCUUUUCGUUUCUCACCACCAGACCAUGAGCCUGAACCACGCACCUAUACCGGAUAAUCCAUACGAGCUUCUAUCGAUGAUCCGCAGCUUUCUCCCCCCCAUGCCCAGUAGAGUUCAAUCCAGGCUUCGAGUUUUGGAUUGCAACAAGGACUUGGUUUUAUGUGGGUUCCUGGAUCUAGCUCGUCUGAGCGAGGAGAGUAGCAGGGCAUACUUGGUCUGCAAUCCGUUUUCGAAGCAGUGGAUCGCUCUUCCUUUAGCGCCUAGGAAGUAUGCGUAUUAUGACUCUCCGGCUGCAAGGUGUUCCUGCCUAGGUUUUCUUGUUGGGCUACUCCAAUUCCAAGGUACAAGCAGUUGCAAGGCAUGGGCGGAGGAAGUAGCUUUUGUCAUGAGAGCAGCAAUGAUGCAGAAUGUCCAUCCCUCCACUUCCUCAAUAAUUGGUGAUUGCUUCUGCUUGUAAAAAUUUACUUCUUUUCUGCUUUUGCUUGUCUGUUUAGUUUAGGAGUUUACUUAACGAAACAAGAAAGCUAGGAUGAAAGUUCUCUUUUGCGGAGAAGGCAUUUUGCAAACUUUAAUCAUAACCAAUUGAAUUAUACAUAUCUUGUCAAUUGCUUGAGUAUUUUGUUUUGGUUGCAAACUCUUUGCCUUCUCUUUUAGGCUAAACUUCAUUUAAGUUGUCUAUGAUACACACAUGGAUGCUGUAUGUGUUUUUUAAUUUUCUCGUUUCUGUUAUAUCUCUUCUCAUAUCUGUUGUGGCUGGUGUAAUUGCUCCAUCAGAUAGCUGUCUGUUCAUGAGCUGCACGCUGGUUCAAUUUCUAUGUUGAUCAUUUAGGUGAUUUACCAACUUAAUGUUGUGUAUUUGUUUUCUUUUUUCAGUGUGGAUCGUGUUGUGAAAUCAACCAUGUACAAGGAUUAUAUACAUCAUGUCAUUUCAAAAGCAACUGUGUCAUUACUGAUUCAAAUGAUUAGCCAAAAGCAGAGGGAAAUAAAAAAGAUUGCUUCUGAAGGAAGGCUGGUUCAUGGUUCUCCAAAUUUUGACAAUGAAAAUGAUGUUCUGCAAGCUUCUGUGAAUGUUCUUACAGGUGAUAGAGAAGCUAUUGAUGGGCAGAACGUAGAGCUGAUGCAGGCUGUAGUGCAUGAAAUGGCGGCAGAGAUUCCUCCUACUCCCCAAGGUUAAUUAUAAGUUGUACUAAUAGUGGAUUCGUGUCUUUUUGUUUAAUUUGAUGCUUGGCCUAUUGAUGUAUUCUGAUUCUGUAUCAUUAUAUCCUUAAUGUCUAGGCCCUAUGAAAAGUAUCUUCUGGCGGGAGCCUUAUGGUGGUGGGGGACUGAAUCUUAUUCUGCCAGUACUCAGACGAAUUAUACCUUCUCUUAAAUGCGAAGGUGAGACCUUAGCUUCAUCCUUUUAUCAUCUACUUUUCUAAUAAAGCCCAUGAAUGCUCAUCUUUGUGAGGAAUAGCUGUAUUGGCUAGCUGCAGUGGUUCAGCAAUGAGCUCUGUGAAUUUCUUUGAAUAUCUGCCUACCAUUCUCAGAUUUAUCUGAAUAAUUUUACAUGUAUAUAUGAAUUUAUUUUCACAUUGAUUUAUUCAAAGCUGUGAAUAAGUUUAGGAUUUAAGUUGAAUAAUUUUACUUGGAUUUAUUGAUUAUGAAUAUUUAGAAUAUAAUUUUUACUCGCGCGCUUGUUCUCAAUUGUGAUUUUGACGGAAGAUCAACAGGGGAUAUUGAUAUACUGAGGGUUAAUUUCUUCAUGCUUGGUUGUUUGUUUUGUGACUUUGCAGGCAAGGGUAAGGAGCAUGGGGCCUGAGUUCAGGUCCUUAAGCCUCCUUUCUCAAGAAGGAUCUUAAAACAUUGUGAUUGGCUGCUAUGAGUUUAGGUAGUUAGGAAGGAUUUAUUAGUUAAUUAGUUGUUAAGGGUAUGUAGGAAAUUAUAGAUUAUAUAAAAGAUCAAAUAAUUAAUCCUAAUAAUCAAACCCACGACCCGUAUAUUUUUCUCCCUCCCAGUCAAACUGGUUCUCUCUCCACGUUGUCGUCAAUCUCAAAUUUCUGGCCGUCCCUUCUGUGGUGUCUCCCGACAGCCGUCUCUGUCGUCGGCUCCCCAACUCCUUUUCCGUUGUCACUCCAUUCCAAGGCUCACAUACUCAAAAGGUAGUUUGUUUUGGUAGUUUAGGUUUUCGUUUGAUACAUGGUUUUAGGGUUUUUCUGUGCAUGAAUAGGGUCGGCAACGUCGUCAGUAGGUUGCUGGUGGUUUACUCACGGUAGGCGUCACCCGCAUAGUAGUCGUUCCCGUCCUCGUCGUUGUCGAUCCAAGCUCUCUCCUCGGCAACUUGAAGGUGACUUUGGUAACUUUGUUUCGGUAGUGCAUGGGUUUAGAGUUUUUCUUUGUGUGGGUCAGGGUUUCAUGUAGAGAGGUAAAUGGUUGUCCUAUUAUUAAUGUUAUUAUUCAGCUUUUGUAAUAAUGUUAAUGUUGAUUUUGUCAAUUUGUUGCCUUUAAUCAAAAACGUUCUAAUUA